UACCCUGUCGCAGCUGGACAACAUUACUAUUGCCGACACCGCUUUUGUGGCCUGUAAAGAUCGGAGGCAGCGAACUGGAUCUCACAAGCACCGCCUUCGACACGAAUCUAGGUAAUGACACUACUAAGCGAGGAUAUUACGCGAAUGGUUAUGAUAUCCUUGAUAUUAUGACAUCAAUGAGCGGGACUUCAGCCUCACGUUCGGCUGUUGUAGGUGGAAGUGAUAGUGUCUUCGCCUUCAAUGGUGUCUCAUACAACACUUCCAGUAGUGGCAUCCUUCCGGCAGUCGAAGAUUACGCAGGCACGACAUUGCCCCCUGGUGAUAUUGGUCUUUGGUACUACGGUGGAAAAGUCGCAUCGGCCGUCAAAGAUUACCCGAGUCGUUCUGGACUCACCAGAAACUAUACAGUAACGCAACAGGGUCUUUCGGCGAAUAUUAACUGCAGCGACCUAAGUGACCUUGAUCCAAACGAGUUCUCGCUGUACUAUAAUUAUUCCAUUUCGCUGGCCCUUGGAUCAAAUAUUACAACUUGGAAAUGGACAGCUUAUUGUCCUCUCAACAAUACGGGUGUCGGCUAUUGGUCGACGGAGGACCUCUGGGAGUCUGACAAUAUCGAUAUAUAUGGCCUUCUCGGUAUUGUUGUCUGUCCCACUCCGGUGUUCGUGACUGUUACUACCACAUCAUUCGACAUCUUCCUAUGGGGCAUCGGACAAUAUAACUUCUUGAAUGCAACAGUCUGCAACGUAACACCACAUGUGGCUUCGUUCGAUGUGACAUACAACCAGGGAAUGAUCUCCGUCGAUCAACAUCGUAACAUCCAGCCACUGCAGUACAAUGUCACCGCCUUUGUUUCGGACGUAGUGCACCGUCUGACUAACUCUAGUCAGACGAUGGACAAUAAUCCUUUGGGGCAGUUGCUGCGGCUUAGCAGAUUAAACACCACGAGUUCGGUGAAUGAAAUCUUGGAAAACUACUUCCGCGGCGUUGUAGAGUUUUCUGCCACAUACCUUCGUUCUGCCUACUCUGCAGAAGGUGCCAGUACGAAUUCAACGAUGCAGGACUUGUACUCGAACACAGAAGCCUUCAUACCCCUGAAUGGAACAAUGCAUAUCUUGACCUACGGUUGGUACAGUGGACGCCCUACAUAUAUUUAUAUUCUCUUCAUCUUCACGGUCAUCUGGGCGGUCACUGUUUCAGCUGCGGUGUACAGUCUGAUCCAGGAACGUACGCACCCAUGCACUGGUCCCACUUGAGAUAACGGAGCUUUGGAGAAUGAACGUGCACGAAUACGUCUUCUAGAUGGUCGAG